GUGAAAUUGUUGGUCGGGUCGUUUGUCAGUAUUUAAUUUAGAUUAAACUCCAGUCAUAUCCAAAAUUAAAUAAGCGCGAUUGUUGUGUAUAAUUGUGCGAAAGCAUGCUAUGCCAAUCUAGUAUUUAUACAUCUAGCUCCAGAGUUGCUUCGCUUUGGGAUUCAGGAAAGGGAAUGCGGCUUUGUUUUCCUUCUGCUGACUGACAGCCAACGUCAGCUAGCUACGCUAGUUAGCUAACAAAGUUGUUCAUUAAACUUUCGUUGAUAUUAAAAGUGCACGAGGACAACUGGAAAUGGAGAGAGACUCAGUGUUCCACAAUGACCGUCUGGGAGCACCACGUAACCCACUACUGGACCAGCUCCCCAGCUACCAGUCUCUGCUGUACCGCAGAAAGCCCUCCGCCUCGGGCAGUAACAAGCGCCGUGGCAGCUCACGGACCAGGCUGGGCUCCUCCAGCAGUGGGAAAUGGGGACAGACCACAUUGGCCAGACAGCAUGAGGAGAAACACAGGACUCAGACCCUACAGAGACCAGUCAGGGAACUGCCCAAACCUAUGGCGGAGAAACGCAGAGACAAGGACCAGCGUUUGGAGCAGGCCAAGGAUCUGAGCAGUUGGAGCCAGUGGAGACAGAGCACCAGACGGACCCUGAGGAGGCUGAAGGAGGAUGGGUUUGAGAUGCUCAGCAACCUGGAGCUCUGGAGGGGAGACAUCCAUGUCAUUGAGGGGAUGUUUGGCACGGGGAUCCUGUCCUACUUCUCCUUCCUGCGUUUCCUGGUGCUGCUCAACUUCAUCAUGUUCCUGCUCAUGUUCGGCUUCGUCAUGCUGCCCAUCAUCACCGCCCCCCAUGCUUCAGGGAACACCACCUUCAACCACGUAGAUGGCUUCGAGUGCAGUAACUACCCCAGCACCUCUCGCCGUGGCCUGGUGGUUUUCCACCAGCACAUCACAGACCUCCUCUCAGGGGCGGGCUUUCUGGAGCAGACCUACCUCUUCUAUGGUUACUACAAGGUAGAGACCAUUCACUUCCCUAAGUUCACCUACAACCUGCCUCUGGCCUACCUGCUGGUCACCAUAGCCUACCUCUUCCUCAGUCUCAUAUGGAUAGUCAAAAGGUCUGCGACUGGCUUCAAGCGUAAACUGGUGCAGGACGAGGAUCGCUUCCAGAGCUUCUGCAACAAGAUCUUUGCCGGCUGGGACUUCUGUAUCGUCAACGACAGCGCAGCCAGGCUCAAGAGGAGCAGUCUUCUUUAUGAACUGAAGACUGAUCUGGAAGAGGAGCGCAUCAAGCAGAAGAUAGCAGACAGGACACGGAAGGAGAAGUGUAGGAUCUACGUGAUCCGACUGAUCCUGAAUCUGUUUGUGAUCGCUGUACUGGCUGCCUGUUUCUACUCCAUCUACAUAGCCACCAACUUCUCCCAGAAAGCACAGAUGACCAAGGUGAACUUCAUCCUGGACCUGAUCUAUGAGUAUCUGCCUUCCAUCGUCAUCACCCUGGCCAACUUCAUCACCCCCUCUCUUCUCCUCAUCAUCCAGUUUGAAGACUACUCCCCCGCCUUUGAGAUCCGCUUCACUCUCAUGAGGUGUGUGUUCAUGCGCCUGACCAGUAUCUGUGUGCUUCUCGUCUCCCUCUGGGGUCAGAUCACCUCUUGCCAGGAAGGCAACUGUGUCUGCGGGUACAACCACAUCCUCUACCCGUGUUGGGAGUCUCGCGUGGGCCAGGAGAUGUACAAACUCAUGAUCUUUGAUUUCAUCAUCAUCGGUGCCGUCACUGUCUUUGUGGAGUUCCCUAGGAAACUCAUAGUGGACUACUGUGACUGCGGCCUGGCCAAGUGGUGGGGCCAGCAGGAGUUUGCCAUCCCCCAGAACGUCCUGGAGAUUGUGUAUGGCCAGACCAUCUGCUGGAUCGGGACGUUCUACUGCCCCCUGCUGCCCGCCAUCUGCACCAUCAAGUACUUCAUCAUCUUCUACAUCAAAAAGGUAACAUACCAUAGAAAUAUUAGACCGUAUCAAUGUACUGUGAUAGGUGGGCCGGUGGCCAUAAUUGUAGUUCUAUGUAAUACAGUACAGUAAAAGCAUCAGGAAGGU